AUAAGCAGGAACGUGAGACAUUACUGCUCUGUGCAAGACCACUCUUGUGACACCAUUUUGCGGACAGGGACUAAAUGCUUUGUUUUUGUUGUGGCUCAUUUUCAUAAUAACCAGGCACCGUGUACGUCUUACCGACUGGAUUUCCUGUGAAAAUAAAGUGCUAGUGCUCCUCCUUGUUGCUAAUCUGCAGUCUCAUCGUGGCAGGGCUUGAUCUGGGAGAGGGGACAGGAGCAACCACAAACACAAGGUGUUGUCAAACCUGUUCCCUGUCUUGCAUGGGCUGGUGUUCGAAAGAGAGGAGCAUUGUUUGUUUUCUUCAGAGAGAGAACUGAACACAGAUUCUGCCACUGGAGAAAAUCCAAAGGCACACACAUCAACUUCUUUACAUCUGAGUGCUCAUUUUAUAUCAGCCGAUUUAAAAAAAGAACAACAUUUCAGGCAGAAUCAAGACUGACAAGACAACACGAGAAGACAGGACUAAAUGGCGUCUGAGGGGUUCUUACUGGAGGAUGAUGAGUGCCGGAUCAUCCUGCUGGGAGGAAGAUGGGGCGGGAAGAGUUCUGCAGGAAACACGAUCCUGGGAGAACACCGGUUUGAUUCCGGAAGACAAAGAACAGCAACGAGCGACAACCGCCAUGGAACAGUGUCCGGCAGGAAGCUGGUCGUGGUCGAUACGCCCGGAUGGAAAGGUUAUUUGUCUUUGAGGGAAACCACAGCGUCGGAUAAAGAACAGAUCAAGCAAAGUGUAUGUAAAUGCCUUCCUGGACCCCACGCAUUCCUCCUGGUCAUUCCGCUGGAUUCAGGUUUUGACGAGGAACACAAGAGAUCACUGGUAGACCACCUGAUGCUUCUCGGUGAUAGAGUCUGGAAAUACUCCAUGGUGCUGUUCACCUGUGGGGACUGGCUGAGAGAAAAAACCAUCGAGGAGCACAUCAAGGCGGAGGGUGCUUCUCUACAGUGGCUGAUAGAGAAAUGCAGAAAUAGAUUCCAUGUUCUCUCCAAUAAGAAGAAAGAAGAUCCCACUCAGGUCACACAGUUGCUGGAGAAGAUAGACGAGAUGGUGGCAGGAAACGAUGGCGGCCAUUUUGAAGUUGAUGAACGCACUCAUCAGACAAUGUUGAAAAAGAAUAGGGAGGUUAAAGCAAAAGCAGAGGAGAGGAAGUUGGAGACGGACAGACGCAGAGAGCAGCUGAGGGGACUCGUCCAGGGGCGAGAGCAGCCCCCAGAACUCAGGGUGGUCCUGCUGGGGAGCAGAAAUGCUGGAAAGAGUGCGUCUGGAAACACAAUCCUGGACCGCAAGGAGUUUGACUCUAAGAAAGGGACGUCAAAGUCUGUGGAGAAACAUGUCCAUGUUGAAGGGACAGCCAUAACCAUAGUCGACACGCCGGGCUGGUGGAAAAGCUUCUCUGUCCGCGACACAACCAAGCAUGGGAAGCAGGAAUUGAAACGGAGUGUGUCUCUGUGUCGGCCAGGACCCCACGUCUUCCUACUGGUCAUCGACUCGGACGUAGCGUUCACAGAGAGGCAUGGAGAAGCCGUAGAGGAACACCUUCAGCUCAUCGGCGGGCCUGUCUGGCGCCACACCAUGAUUUUAUUCUCCCGGGCUGAUUGGCUAGGAGCCAAAUCCAUCGAGCAGCACAUAGAGGGGGAAGGGAAGGCUCUUCAGGGGCUAGUGGAGAAGUGCGGGAACAGGUACCACGCUCUCGAUAACAAGAACAAGGACAACAAGGCCCAGGUGUCAGAGCUGCUCCAGAAGAUCAAGGAGAUGGUGGCGGGAAAUGGCGGGAGCUUCCAUGCGGUGGACGAGAAGGCUCUGCAGUCCAUAGAGGAGGGCAGGAAGGAGGUGGAAGAGAACGCCAAGAAGAGGACAACAAAAGUCAAAGAACAGAGGAAGAGAUCCCAAGGGACAAACUAUUACCUUCCUGAGAUGAGGGUGGUCCUGAUGGGGCAGAAGUCAUCGGGGAAGAACGCGUCGGGGACCACCAUCCUGGGCCGAGAGGAGUUCCCCACCACUGAGUCCGUGCACUGUGAGGAGAAGGUGGGCUGGGUUUUAGGGAGACGGCUCACAGUCAUAAACACCCCAGGCUGGUGCGAUAAUCCGGCACAGUGCACCUUGGAGCAGGAUAAAGAGAUCAUGAAGGGACUGUCUCUCUGCCCCCCGGGACCCCAUGCCCUCCUGCUGGUCAUCCCCGUUGACGUGGCCUACACAGAGAGACACCAGAGGGCGCUGCAGGAUCAUCUGCGUUGUCUCGGGGAGGAGGUGUGGAGGCACACCAUCGUGCUGUUCACCUACGGGGACAGGCUGGGCACGACGGCCUUGGAGGAGCACAUCGAGCGGGAGGGCUGGCCCCUCCAGUGGGUGGUGGAGAAGUGCGGCAACAGGUACCACCUCUUUGACAACAAGAGCAGCGGCACCAGCAAUCAGGUGGCUGAGCUGCUGGAGAACAUAGAGGCGAUGGUGGCAGGAAAUGACGAGGAGCAGUUCUCCCCUGACAUGCGUCAGGUCCACUGUGAGGUGGAGAACACGUUCAAGAGGAAGGCGACUGAGGAAAUGAAGGUUUCCUUCAGGGAGGAAAUGAACAGAAGGGAACAAGAAUUUGAGGAGGAAUGGAGCAGGAGGGAGAAAGAACUCAUUGAGAAGUUCGAAGAGACACUGAGGGCAACGCUUGAGAAAGACACAGGCAAACGUAAACACCCAGCUUGCAGGUUGCAGACCCUGAGUUCAAAGGAAGGCAAAGUUCGGAAGGAGCAGAGACAAAAACAGGAGAUUACAAAAAUAAUCGAAGAUGUGACGGCAGAACUGGGCAAAAGGAAUUGGCAGGACCAGCAGACACCCCAGAUGAAGACCAGCCAGGACAACAAACCCCCACAAUUGGGCAAAGGGAAGGUCUCUCAGAACAGCAGCUCAGACUUCCGUUUCCGGAUGUGGACCAGCAUUGAUCUUUACCCACCCAGCAUAGGUGGCAGCACUGGGCACAUGCAGACAGAGAACAGUGCAGACAGGCAGCAUGCCCUGAGGAGGAUGUCUUGGCCGUUCUCCACCUCUUCAGCCACCUCAGUGGGCGGAGGGAAGGUCUCUCAGAACAGCAGCUCAGACUUCCGUUGCCGGAUGAGGACCAGCAUUGAUCUUUACCCACCCAGCAUAGGUGGCAGCACUGGGCACCUGCAGACAGAGAACAGUACAGACAGGCUGCAUGCCCUGAGGAGGAGGAAGAUGUGGUCGCCCUUCAUCUCUUCAGCCACAUCGAUUGGACAAGAUUCUGGAAUUCAUUCCAGAUUGGGUUCCUUCAGCACCUCCGAGUGCCAGGCCGAGAGAGACGCAUCACUUCCUCCCGGGACAGGAAGCAGGUAGCCAAGGCGGGACACCCAGCACGCGCCUCUCUCCAAAGGGGCGGGGCAGCUGGGGCAGUGCUUCUCAUUCUGCCCUUUAGGGAGCCUGGUGGCUAGCUUAGCUUGCUAGCCACCUGGGUGAGCUGUAGCUCCCUGCAGCAGGCCUUGGUGCACUGAUGGAGACCAUGGGACUGUGCAACCCCUGGUUCUGUGGCCGUAGUCUUUGGACCAGACUGCAGGAGGGACUAUGGGGUUUUGUAUCUGCGGACAUUUUAAAAAUAAUCCCAAAACGUGCAUUAUCACUGGCUCACUGGUGUUUUAAAAAGCACCUUUCAACUGACUUACAGUUACAGUGAGAAAAUAGACAGCAUGCCUGCUGCUUAUUAUAUGCUCGUCUUUAUGACAACGGCUACACGGAUCUUAUUGCAGCUACACCGGGAUUAGAACCCCCGACCUUGCGUGUCCCAGUCAUUUACCUUAACAACUACGCUACAGGCCGCCCUGUGACUAUGUGAAAUCUAUGAUAAACCCAUCACAUGCCAGUGCUGAUGUACAUGAGGCUUGUUUCUACUGGGACUGGAGAGGAACAGGGGAUGGUGGGGGAGUGCAGGAUUUGUUGUAUACAAAAUAAAACAAACUUAAAAAAUGAAAGAAGAUGUCUUUAUUCUGUCGAGACCAAAGUCCACUUCACUGGCCAGCAGAAAAUGCCAUUUUAUACUGCUGCUACACCCAAUAUCAUACCUUUGUCUCAGUGACUCGUGUGGUAUUAGUGAAUGGUCUUCACACAAGCGUCCGUGAUGUGUAAUGCCUGAUUUCCUCCAUGAGUUGAAUGUUAGAGGUUUAUUUUUAAUUUGAAAGACAGCAUUAUGCCAUAUUGGUGUGAAUUUAUUUGGGAUUAGCCGAUGACCUCUGAUUUGGUUGAGUUUUCACGAAGCUGUCAGAGUCACGGCUAUUAAAGGUUUCAUUUUUUAAUUGUGUUUUCUAAUUGGCUUUGAGAGAAAUGGGAGAUCUAGUAGUGAUAGAUUGUUGGCAUUCAUAUUGUUCAAUGUCCAGCCAUGGGUGUUGUUUUUGUUGGUCUCCCUGUAUCCAAUUAUUAAUGUGUUGAAGAUGGGUGGUCAGAUGACAGACUUUUGGGCUGAUAACCCUACAUGGUCUUUGGGUUUCUGUCGUGUGGAUAGUUUACUAUAACUAUAGCAUUCAACAUACAAUAAAAAAUGCUGAAGUAGCAGGAAAUAUCAGGGAUAUGUAAAAGUAUUAAAUUAUUAAUAUCUGGCAUUAUCACUCAGGGCUGGUCAGCUUGCUGGCUUCCUCUGGUAUUGUGGCAAAAUGUGGCUGUAAAGUAAUUUAACCCAGGAGCAUGCACCAUUAACCCCCACUAUCUCCGCACCCAUACGGGCAGGAGCCUGUGGGGGAAGACUCAGGCCUCCAGCCGUAAAACUUGUUACGACGGGGCAACAUCCUUUAUGGCACGGGAAGGUUUCAGAGGGCACGGCCUGUUGGGCCCAUUAUUCCCUUCGAACCCCCCUUUAUUGCUCUCUCCCUCUUUGCUCAGUCACUAAAUGAUGUGUACAGCACUGGAUGUUUCAUGACAAAGUCAGUUUAGAUAAUAUUCAUGUUUGGUAUUAUUCUGAUUGUUUCAGUGCGACUGGUGCAAUGGUUUUAUUUCUGCAACAGCAAACCCUGGACAUCAUAACCAACCAGGAGCCAGAGAAAAACUGUGUGGAGCUCUGCCCCAGUGAAAGCCAUGUGCCUCAACCCCCUGCGCUUCCUGGGGAGGCGUGGCUCCAAAUUACAGAUGGGUGACCCAUUUUUAGGGUUAACAUCAAAGGCCAGAUUUCAGUAAUUUCUACGUACAGGGUGUCUGUAGCCAGACUCCCGUAUGUAGCUUUUAUUACCAGGUAUGACUUUUAAGACUCCUUAAUUUGGUUUCUGUUGUAAUGUUUUUUGAUUUGGAACUUGUAUGUAAUUACGUGUACGUAACCUGCCUGAUAAAAUAAAUUGUUAAAACUU